AUGGUCACGAAAAGUUACAUCUUGGACAACGGAGCGUACUCGGCCAAAGUCGGGAUCACGGGUGACGAGACGCCCAAGUAAAUGGCGUACAAACGACGCGGUGGACUAUACACGUUAACGCCAUAUUAUAAUUAUUGUUUUCAGAAUCAUACCCAAUUACAUCAUGAAAGCGAAGAGCGAACGGCGUCGGACGUUUAUCGGCGAUCAGCUAUCAGAAUGCAGAGACAAGUCGGGAUUGUACUUCAUGCUAGGUUAUCAGAAGGUACGGCCGUUUCGCAACACGCGACAUAAUAUCGGUCGAGUUUAAUAUUAACUGAAACUGUAAUCAAAUGUGCGGUUCCUUGUUCGUUUUUAUACCUGUUAUUUAUUUUCAUUAAACCGGGUCAAGUUCUUGAAAAGAAAAAGAAAACAUGUAAAUUUAAAAUUUGAAAUAUUAUACAAACACAUAUCUUAUGUAGAGACAUUAGCUGCUUGGGUGAUCUACACGAUUGGUUUCACCAUUGAUUUCAUAAUACACAGACAAGCCGAGCUAUUGGACAAUUGGAAAACAAUUUUUGGCUGGCGACGGUGGUGUACCUCGUCAUAACGUAACGGGUGGUAGUCCACAUCCCAACAGUCUACACCAAGGAUGGCGGACCUAUGUCACAGAGUGGCACGCGCAUACGGUUUCGGUAGAACAUCAAUUUAAACAAUUUAUACUUUUUAUUUCACUUUCUAUGAAAAAAAAAAAAAAAUUAUGGUUAAAAAAUAAUUUGAUAUUUAGAAAUGGAAUCUAUAGAGUUUCAAGAAAAUGUAAUUCGGAAGAGAAAAAUGUAUUGAUUUAAAUAGCGAAUUGGAAAAUAAAUAUUAUGAAACUGACAGUGAUAUUAAAAGGGAACAUCUACCUUCUACAUCUAAUUCUUAUCGAAUGGAAUAGUUUACAAAAUUAAUUCUCUUCUAUGAAAAAUUUAGCGUUUCCUUUAUUGACAAUGUUUAGUUCUACAUUUGAAUUUGAUUAAGUCGACAUUAAAAAUUUGUCUUAGAACAGGCAACAAGUAUUCAAUUGAAAUUUGCUAAUUACAAUUUCAGGAUUUAUAUAUUAGCUGUAAAAAUGCAACAACAAAUUUCCCAUUAAAAACACUAAUAUAUAAUAAUAAAUUGUAUUCAACAAAUAUUUUUGACUCAGAUUUUGUUAUUUUAAUGUUUAAUACUUAAAAAGUCCAAUUUAGACGUUAAGUUAAUUAUCUAUGUUAAAAGCAGAAAAAAAAAAAGGACCAAACAAUUUGUUGACGCACAGAGAAGUAAAAUCAAACCAAAAAUGUGUGGUUGACACAAGGGUAUCAAAAGGUUCGCCAUCUCUAGACUACACUAUGACUGUUUACCUACCAUCGCCAGCAAAUAACUGGUUUCUAACUAUUGCCACUAUUUUGUGCAACACAAGUUAUAUCUAUAUAUUCUAAAAAUCAAUGGUUUCACUAACAAUAAUAAAUGUUUACACUUUAGUAGCAUGUUUACCUAAAUGUAAUAUAAAUACUUAUUAUAAACAAUAUUUAAUAUCGAUGGUAUUUUGUUAAAAAGGCGUAUUACCACUAAAAACCAGAAAAAUAUGUGUUUUUGGCAUCAAAAAAAUGAAGAGCAUAAACUGGUUAUAUAAGUAUGUUUUAAGCAUAGAGAAUUUAGUUAGUUUUAUCGACUAAAAGAUCUCCAGGCCUCCUUUUAAAAUAUAAUUAAAUUGACACUGAUUUGUUAAAAGGAUAUGUAUACCAUAUUUAAUACGCGUACACGUUAUGUAGAAGGAUAAUUAUAAGGAGUAAUUUUAUUAUUUUCCAUGAUAAACAUCAUUAAAAAAAUGUUUUGCUGUUUAAUUUACAAAGCGGUUUGUUUUUGCUUUCUGGAAAUAAGUGAAAUUUGAUAAACGCUAUUUUAACAAAACACCAACAAUAUAAUGAUUGUAUAUUAUAUUAAACACGCAUUUAUUUCUAGGGCUAUUUGUUAAAUUGGGAUAUUCAAAAAACAGUUUGGGAUUAUAUAUUUAGUAAAGAUUGCUGCAAAGCCAAUUUUUACGAAAUGCCACUAAUUGUGACAGAACCCUAUUUUAAUUUUAGCUCAAUUCAAGAAGGAAUGACUGAAAUGUUUUUUGAAGAAUAUGAAUUCCGAUCCUUAUUGCGCACUAAUGGUAAAUGAUUUUAAUCUGGCUAGUUAAACAUAAUUAGUAAACUAUUGUAUUUUUUUAGCUGGAAAUUUGUCUUGUUACCAUUAUCACCAUGAUAAUCCAUCCGCUCAGUGUUGUUUACUUGUUGAAACUGGCUAUAGUUUUACUCAUAUAGUACCAUACAUUUUACAAAAAAAAUACAAACCUGGAAUAUUACGCAUUAAUAUUGGUGGUAAAAUUCUUACUAAUCACCUGAAAGAAGUUAUAUCAUACAGACAAUUGCAUGUUAUGGAAGAAACUUAUGUCAUGAAUCAAUGCAAGGAAGACUUGUGUUUUGUGUCAACAGAUUUUAAACAAGAUCAUAAAAUUGCAAAAUUAAAAUGGCCAAAGAACACUAUUGUUAGGGAUUAUGUUUUGCCUGAUUAUACGACUGUGAAUAGAGGUUAUAUACGUACACUAGAUGAGUCUUCUUGUAAUAGCACAGAUAAAGAUCAGGUGAGUAACAUUUAUGACUAUCUAUUAUCAUAUUAUUAAAUGUUACUAUUUAUAAACUUAGCAAAUUUUGCGAAUGAACAAUGAACGUUUCACUAUACCCGAGGUCUUAUUCAACCCAAAUGACAUUGGAAUUCCACAAAUGGGCAUAUCAGAAGCAAUUAUACAUAGUAUAAACUUGUGCCCUGAAGAGACCAGACCUCAUUUAUUUGAGAACAUUAUUGUGACUGGUGGUAACGGAUGUUUUCCUGGUUUUGAAGAACGUCUAAGGAACGAUGUGAGGGCUCUCACUCCUGAUAUCUAUGAUGUUUCAGUUACUGUUCCUAAAAAGUAUGUCAUGUUAUUAAGUUAUAGAAAACAAUAAUGUUUGUAAUUUAUAUUUUAAUUUCAGUCCUGUUACAUAUGCUUGGCAAGGUGGGAACUUAAUCAGUAAAGAUCGAGACUUUUAUUCUCUUACAGUGACCAAAGAAGAAUAUGAUGAAGAAGGAUUUUCUGCAUGUCAUCGAUUUGAUGUCUAA